AUGAAUAAACAACGUAUUUCAUCCUACCAACAGUUAUUCUCCAAAGUCUUCAACAAAAGGUUGAAAUAUGUUAACAACAUUGCCAUUAUUUUGUCCCUAGGUAUAUCUAUAGGGUUAAAUUUCCCUUAUGGAAGAUUUUGGAUGAAUAUACUCUUGACAUUUAUAAGAUCACCAUUAAUCUUUAUAGCAUUAUUUAUCAUCAAACUAAUGAGAAAUCAAACCGUAACUGUUGAAUAUUCCCCCCAUAAGACAUUAGGAUUACAAAUUUAUCAUUCAAUUAUAAGUAAGAAAUUUAUCAUCACUUUUGGAGGUUACUUCAUCUCAUCGAUCAUCUUUGGUUCAAUUUUCUUGAGUCAAUUAUCGUUAUUGAAUGAAUUUUCCACCAUUCUGAAAGAAUAUCAACAAAAACCUAAGAUAAAUGAUCAAUGGGUGUUCUUUUGGUUUUAUGUGGUUUUCACUUCAUUGAUUUAUAGUUUCCAACAAUUAAUCUUCCAAAGAAAUAGACUUCAAUUCACUUAUGGAGUAUCUAAAAUUGAUCCAAAACAAGGAUUAUUAGCCAAACUUCCUCAAUUGUUAGGGAAUUCCAUCAUGCUUAACAUCUUAACAACAGUUUCUUCACCUAUAGUUUAUUACUUUGUUAGAAAUAUCAUCUAUAAGAUGAAUUGGUUAGUACUUUUAAUCAUUGGUUUAGAUACUAAAGCACCUAGUUUCAAUGUUGGGUUUAAGAAUUGGAUAAAUUUGGGUUAUUAUUCUUUCAACAUCUACUUAAAUUGGGAAAUAAUCAAUCAUAUUUAUAAUGUUUAUGCUACCAUUGGAUGUUUAGAUGGAACUAAACCUAUCAGUACAUAUAGUUCAGAUCCUAUUAACACUUUAUUAUCAGGAUUAAGAAAUAAUGAACCGGAUCAACAAUUAAGUAAGUUAACAGCAUUCCAAGAAUUGGCUUAUAUGGCAAUGUUGAAAGGUCCUGAAGGGAAUAAAAUAAGAAUGUCUAUUUAUAAUGCUCAUUCCAAAGGAGGAUUCAUUUGGUCUUCAAUCUUAGAUGAAUGUUCAAUUGUUAUUAAAGAAGUCAAUCAAAGAAUCAAUUAUAGACCUAGUUAUGAAACAGUUAAAGUUGAACCUACGGUAGAUAAGGAUAUUUUUGGUAAUUCAUUCAUAUCAACACCAAAAGUUGAUGAAUCAGCCAUAAAGUCUUAUGAUGAAUUAACCAACAAAACUACUACCAAACCUAUUGCCAAUAAGACUUUACAAAAAUAUUAUGAAAUGGCUCAAAAUUCUAUCAUUAAACCAAUAAAUUCUUAUUUGAAAGAUUUAAACGAUCCAAGAAUAAAUUCCUCAAAAGUUAAAGUUUAUAUCAAUAACACCAUAAGCUUAUAUAACACAUACAAAAAUCAUUUCCUUUCCACAAGUAUUGGGAUAUUUUUCCGUACGUCCUUAAAAAGAGAUACUGAGUCUCGUGUUUUGAACCCUGUGAAUUAUGGAAAUGCAGUAAUUUCUUUAACAAACUUAUUAAUUCAUGCUAUAGAAGAAGAUAAGAACCUCACAGUAUCCAAUAGUCAUAUAUCUGAUUGUUUAAACCUUCUUGAAAGACCUAUUAGAAGUUGUGAAAAUUAUGUCGAAUCAUUACCACCAUCAGUGUUCUUAACCUUAGACCAAAAGAAGGCCAAUAUUGUCAAUUCAAAUCAUGUGAUCAAACUUUUACAUGAUUUGACUUUGGUAGAAUUCAAAAAAAUCUGUAUAAGUUAUAAUUAUAAGUUGAAUGAUUUGUUAUUAUCAUCAAGAUCAUUUAAAUUAGCUAAAAGAGUUAUUGAUGAAGAAAUAGCUACUCGUUCUCAAUAG